CUACCCUCUCCGAUUUGUGUGAUUCAUUCGGACUUAUCUCUGAAUAUAUCUCCUCGAUGCGCCCCUGCAGGUCAUUGAGACCCUGCAUCGCAACCCAUACAAUACUACUACAACAAUUCCAACCCCGGCAUCACUUCCAUCUACAGUUCAUCCUCCCCCUCUCCCUCCCUCGACUAUACCAUAACCACCACCACCACAACCACAAUUACAAAAUCAUGUCCAACCCACGACCACAUCCCAAUCAAAGAAAGGAAAAACGCCCCCCACUCACCCACUUCCUGUGUCUCCCCCUCAUCAACGCCACCUCCCUCCCCCAACUCGAAUCCUCCCUCGCAACAUUCAAAGCCUCGGUCCCAACUUUCCAACCUCAACACCAACAUGAACAUGGACAUCAACACCACCAACAUGCACCUCAACCUCAACCCCUCAUCCCCCCCUCGGCCCACCGCCCAGUCGGCACCCUCCACCUCACCCUCGGCGUAAUGAGCCUCCCUACCCCGGACCGCCUCUCCCAAGCAAUCCGCUUCCUGCACUCCCUCGACCUAGAAGCCAUGCUUCGCGAGACCCAAUCCUCCUCACCACAAACACUACCAUCAGAACCAACCGCACCAGUCUCUCCAUUCCUCAUAUCCCUCGAAUCCCUACACGCCAUUCCCCGCGCAAAAGCAGCAACCGUUCUGCAUGCCGCGCCCGUGGAUCCCACAAACCGUCUGUAUCCGUUUUGUGUCCGGCUGAGGGACAGGUUUCUCGAGGAGGGGUUUUUGGUGGGGGAUAAGCCUGCGGAGAAGCCUGCGGAGGUGGCAGUGGAUGUAGGUGGCGGUGAGGAGCAGCAACAGGGGCAGGUGGAUUUGGCUGCUGGGGAGAGUGCGGAGAUGGUGCCUGCGUCUGUCGGGUCUAAGCCCAAGGUACGGCCGUUGUUGCUGCAUGCUACCAUUGUGAAUACUAUUUACGCGAAGGGGAAAGGUGGUGGUCAUGGUGGGAGAGGAGGAGGUAGAGGUGGUGAUGGCAGGGGUGAUAAGAGGAAGAGGCAGUAUACGUUCGAUGCGAGGGAGAUUCUUGCUAGGUAUCGCGAUUAUACGCCUCCUGGGGAGAGUGUGGAGAGCACUGGGACUGUGACUGCUCCUAGUAUGGAGGUCAUUGAAAAUGAGGGCUCUGGGUCAGGUUCAGGCUCAGAGGGUGAGAGUAGCCUUCCUAAAGGGAAAGGCACGCCCUUCGUCUGGGCGAGGGAUUUCCCUAUCGAAUCGGUAUGUAUCUGCGAAAUGGGAGCGAAGAAGCUCGUGCCUGAUCUGAAUGGUAAGGACGAGGGCAUGAAUGCGCGAUUGGGGGAGAAGUAUCGCGUCGUAGCGGAGAAGAGUCUGCUAUUCGGUUCGUGAUAUCUUGAAUAUCAUGUUUGGCUAAGAGCAGACAGCAACAGCAGCAGCAUGUACAUACACAGUCUACAACCAGAAUGAUGUGUAAAAAGUAACAAAAGUAGAUGAAACGCCAAACACCACGCUGAAAGACACACAACCUCUCUCGAC